UUUAGAAAUUUUAAUAACUGCAAAACGAAAAAAAAAGACAACACGAAUUCAAACAAAAAAAUAAAUAUCAUGUUGGAGAAAACAAACAAAAUUUCAGUCGUAAGGAAAUUUAUUGGUUUGGGCGAAGAAGUCCAGCCGCCGAGCUAUGUGGUUCCACAAAAUUCCACCAAUAAUUUCUAUCAAAAAGCGGGUCUAACUGAAAUGCAGGCAAAAGAGAAUUCCUUAAAUCCAACUACGACGGCCGCAAACCACUGUCCACACUGCGAAAAUAUGGCCAAGAAUUUUCUCUAUUUGGAAAGUUUGAUACGAACCAAUGCGGCGACCGCUCAUCAGGGCAAAUCCAAAUGCAGUGUUUGUGAUUCAUCGCUGUGCUAUCUGGAAUAUGUCAACAAAAGUAUUUUGGAAGUUUUCGGUAAUUUCGAUUCCAUAGCCAAAGCGGCAAAGGCAUUUCGCAGUGAUCCCACAAAAUUGAUGAAGGGCAUGGUGAAAAAGAAAUUAUCAGCCAAAAAACCAUUAAUGAUGGAAAAUCCAUCGAAUGCUUCAACAGAAACAACGAAGAAUAUUCCUCACAAGAUAGCAGUGAGAAAAAAUACCCAAAGUACAUCAAAUUCUAAUGUUGAAAAUAUGGAAGUAUCUAAAAUUGAGAGUAAGAUGUCAAAACAUUGUGUUCCUUCCAAAAAGAAGAAGGGGGUUGGAAAGCUUCUACGCCACAAGAAAAAUUUUAUGCGUUUUAUGAGUACAGAUACAAGUGUUGGAUUGGCAAAGAAGUCGAUUUCUAGUAAACGAAAAUUAUUAGUUAAAAAAUUAAAAUCUGUAAAGUAAUAGAUUUUUGCAAUUGUCAAUUUGGCAUCAAAAUAAAGUUGAUUUUUAAUUUUGAUUUGUAA